AUGAGCGACGACACGUCCGAGUCCGAACUUCCCUCUCGCGCGCUCGAGUCAACCGCGCCCGAGUCACGGUUAACGUGCGACCACGUGUGUUGUUCUACGUCGAACAAUGUCGCCAGCGCGCUGUUCAACGCCGUCGUUCGAGCCGUUGUGUUUCAAUCGAGCGUUUUGUCGUCCACUUCGUCCAAACUCAAAAGUGCGACGGAAUGCGCGAAAGAACUCGAAGAAGCGCUCGUGAGAGGCGCGAAAGGGAGCAACAGAACGCUUGUCGACCUGUCGAACGCCAUCAACGCGUGGACGGCGGGGAAGAAAGGGCUUAUGAGUGGUGUGUUUUCCUCUACAGAGGAUGGCGUAGCGGCGACGACAACACUGCUUCUUGAUAAUGAUGACGCGUGGCCCGAGGCGGAGCGUCACAAGUUAGCCAUUAGGUUGGUAAGAGAUUAUUACGACACGGACUUUCAGGCGCAUUGUCGAAAAUCUUGUGUGGAUGAGGAUGCGUUGUUUGAGCACAAGAUAAGCUGUAAAUUUCUUCCGGUUUCGUGUUCGAACGAAGGAUGCCCCGCGAGUUUCAGCAAGCAUUCUCAAGAAAAACACGACAACCGAUGCUCUUACAAGCUCAUCGACUGCAGACUGGAGUGUGGGCGGCAAAUCGCCCGAGGAGAGAUGGAAGCCCACGCAGCAGGCGACUGCGCCAUGCGAGAAGUGGAAUGCCCUUACGCUGAGUUGGGAUGCCAGCAUCCCGUCAGACUAGGGAAAAUGUCUGAACAUCUGUUUGAGAAUGCUGAAAAUCAUUUGCGCAUGCUUUAUACCGCCGAGACCAAGGUAUCGACGCGUGUGAGCGCGCUCGAGAGGUGGGCGCAAGCCGUCGUCGAUGACGACGAGCACAGGCGCGAAGGCCUUCGCGCGAUCGACACCGCCCUUCUCACCCUCGAAACCAAGCAUGCAGAACUCGACAAAAGCCAUGUGGGGUCUAAAUCUCACAUCACCAAGCUGGAGUCGCGCGUCAAGGACCUCGAAGCGACGGUAAAGAAGCAAUCUGCCGAGCUCGCUUCGUUUCGCAAAACCGUCGACGGCUUACGGCAAUCGUUCGCGCAAAUUGCCAAGCAAUAG